AUGAACUUACUUAUAUUCUAUCAUGUCGUCCUCAUUUUUACCGCAAUUUCCGCCGGGAAAAUUGACCCAUUACUGAAGGAAGCUGUCGACAACAAUGUAGAAACCGAAGCAAUCGUCGAAUUUCCCAAUAUCCAAAAUCAGAUUUCUGGCCUUGAGUCCAUGUCCGGUGACGCCAAGAUGAACCACCUGGUCGCAUCGUUGAAAGCACUCACCUCCACAACGCAAGCGCCGGUCGUCACUGCGGCCGAUUCUCUGAACCUGACUACACAGCAAUUCUGGAUAGCAAACAUUGUACAGGUGAAGGGUCUAACACCAGAAAAACUGAUCGACUUGGCUUCCAUCGAAGGGGACUUCAUAAUCCGACCGCAACAUAAGUUGUCACUCCCCCCUAUGAGUCAAGAACCUGUAGCAAACAUUACUAACACAGUGCAAUGGGGAGUGGAAAGAAUUAGAGCACCCGAAAUUUGGAAGUAUACCAAAGGUGAAGGCAUUGUGGUUGGAAUUAUCGAUAGUGGGGUCAAUUUGGGUCACAUUUCUCUCACCGAGUCAUUCACCGGACAAUGGCUUGACCCACACUAUUCAACGGAAAAGCCUACUGAUGUACUUGGGCAUGGUACCCACGUUGCAGGAAUCAUUCUCGGCCGCCAUGGAGUUGGAGUAGCGCCUAACGCUAGAUGGAUGGCCUGUCGAGUGCGCCGAGUUCAUGCUGACGUCAAACCCGAGACCGAAUAUUGUCUCAAAUUCGUGGGGUAUUGCUGGCGGGAUUCCGUGGUUCGACUCACAAAUUAG